GCUGGUGAUCGGUCGGGCGAGGCCGCCGAGGAGGAGAGGGAGUUUCCAAAUGGUAUGGCUUCUUCCGAUGUUUCUUCCAUGGAACUGUUAAGGAAUGCAGCUUGCAUUAAAUAGUUGCUAUAUUCUGCCUAAAGGUUACUGUGUUUCAAAGUUCCUACUUGUUCCAUUGGUUCCGGGGAUGAAUCUUGUGCCUUAUGAAUCUGGGCUGACUAUAAAAACCUAGCUUUUCCUGUGGCCUGCUUGUCCUGAUCAGAUAGUCCCAGAAAUGGGUAGGAUCAGCUUCUCUUGCCUUUUUCCUGCUUCGUGGCACUUCAGCAUUUCCCCUGUUGGCUGUCCGCGGAUAUUGAACACCACAUUACGGCAGAUUAUUGUCACUGGGCUCCUUGCUGCUGCAUUUUUCAUAUUAUACUAUUCUGUUUUAAAAUACAGCUCCCGGGACAAAAAGCUGCACAGAUAUCUUGCACGAGUAACAGACACCGAAGCCACAGAUACAAACAACCCAAAGUUGAAUUAUGGCAUUAUGGUGGAUUGCGGUAGCAGUGGAUCUCGGAUCUUUGUGUAUUGGUGGCCAAGGCACAACGGCAAUCCCCAUGAUUUACUUGACAUCAAACAAAUGCGGGACAAAAACAGAAAACCAGUAGUUAUGAAAAUUAAGCCAGGCAUUUCAGAAUUUGCUACCUCUCCUGAAAAAGUUAGUGACUAUAUUUUUCCACUUCUGAGCUUUGCUGCUGAACACAUACCCCGUGCAAAACACAAAGAAACCCCUCUGUAUAUUCUCUGUACCGCAGGGAUGAGGAUCCUGCCAGAGAGUCAGCAAAAGGCAAUACUAGAAGAUCUUCUUACUGAUAUCCCAGUGCAUUUUGAUUUUCUGUUUUCGGAUUCUCACGCUGAAGUUAUUUCAGGAAAGCAGGAAGGAGUAUAUGCAUGGAUUGGCAUCAACUUUGUCCUUGGAAGAUUUGAACAUUUGGAUGAAGAGGAUGAUGCAAUAGUAGAAGUGCAUGUUCCUGACAGCGAAAGCAAAGAAGAAGUCAUUCGAAAGAGGACCGUGGGUAUACUUGACAUGGGUGGUGUUUCAACUCAGAUAGCAUAUGAAGUCCCUAAAACUGUAAGCUUUGCCUCUUCACAGCAGGAGGAGGUGGCCAAGAACCUACUGGCAGAGUUUAACUUGGGAUGUGACGCUCACCAGAAUGAACAUGUGUACCGAGUCUACGUGGCAACUUUUUUGGGCUUUGGCGGUAAUGCUGCCCGACAGAGAUACGCAGACAACAUAUUCACCAGCACAGUAUUCAGAAACAGGCUUCUUGGUAAACAGACUGGUGUGACCCCUGAGAUUCCCUACUUAGACCCUUGCCUACCUUUAGACGCCGAGGAUGAAAUCCAACAGAACGGGCAGACUCUGUAUCUUCGAGGGACGGGAGAUUUCCACGUGUGCCGAGAUGUCAUUCAGUCUUUCAUGAACAAGACCAACGAAACGCAAACAUCCUUGAACGGCGUUUAUCAGCCGCCCAUCCAUUUUGAGAACAGUGAAUUCUAUGGGUUCUCGGAGUUCUAUUACUGUACUGAGGACGUCUUAAGGAUGGGGGGAGACUACAACGCCGCUCAAUUCCUCAAAGCUGCAAAAGAAUAUUGUGCAACAAAGUGGUCUGUUCUACGGGAAAGAUUUGAUCGUGGCCUUUAUGCAUCGCACGCAGACCUCCAUCGACUGAAGUAUCAGUGCUUUAAGUCAGCCUGGAUGUACGAAGUAUUUCACAACGGCUUUGGUUUUCCUGUAAGCUACAGCAACCUAAAAACAGCACUCCAAGUAUAUGAUAAAGAGGUGCAGUGGACGCUGGGGGCCAUCCUCUACCGAACACGGUUUUUACCUUUGAGAGAUAUCCAGCAGGAAAAUUUCCGAGGUAAUCAUUCCCGUUGGCACAGCUUUGCCUUCGUUUACAACCAUUACUUAUUCUUUGCCUGCUUCUUCAUUGUGUUGCUGUCCAUCCUGCUCUAUCUGCUGCGUUUGCGGCGGAUCCACCGGCGAAUUCUGCCCAGCGGCUCAUCUCCUCCCCUCUGGAUUGAAGAAGGCCUCCCACCACAGAAGAUCCCUGGAGGCUUAUAAGCUGCUGGCUGCCAAUCUAAGACUCAUCUCAGGGUUCUUCUCUCUCACCAAGGAAGAGCUUGCCGGAGCCCCUUGCUGCAGUCUUGGAACAAAGAGGUGGAAUUUCCUUCUCUGGAGGACUGCAGGGAAAGCUAGCUCAAACCUGGCUUGACUAGGCUGGGGGAAUCUCAGCCAGACUUAUUUUAAAACUCUUACUUUAAAAGCAGAUGCACUUUGACUUGGGGGCAGGAGGACAGUCAGAAAAGCAGGGGAAUGCAGUGAAGACUUUAUGCCAGUAUGUUAAACGGGAAAGUCACAAGCUACUCUGUGUUCAGUAACUUGGUGGGCUUGCUCUCUCCUUUUGCAGCAAGCCUGCUGUUAGGGUUUUCCUGGAUCUGAACGCAGGCUUGCUUAACUGAUUCCUUGUGGACUACCAGUUCACUGUUCCUUGCCAUGUUCUUGAGGCACUCAGAGCACAGAGGAAAGGUCGCUUCAGCCUCUCCUGCCUGAUUUGAACAGCAAAAGAGACUUUAGCAGGUCUCUUCCAUAAUGCUCUUCAGCAUUUCACUCCCAGUUACUUAUUUAUUUAAAGCAUUUGGACUCUUUUCUUUUUCCCAAAAAAGAAAGUAGCUUAGAUAGAGGGUAGACAGACCAGUAAUUAGGCAGCCUUUGCCACUGCAGUCUUUAAAAAAAAUGGCACAGAAAGAAAAAAAAAAUGGGGGAGAAAAGAUGCAAACUCAGGCAUUUGUUCUUCAUUUAGAAGUUCUUACAAAGACCUCUGUAAAGGUCGCGCUAGCCAGGAAUUAGAAGUUAGCAUCUGAAGAAGCUGGUAGAAAACAGCCAUAGAGAAUUUAUUUUACUAUAAUUAAGGGUUAUUGACAAAGCUCAAGUUGUGUUACCAGUUCCUGAUUGAAUUACAAACCCCAUGCCUAUGUUAAAACCCCUGUAAUGUCUCCAACAGAGGACUGCAAUGUUGAGAUCUCUUGCAGCUCUAGUUGAGAUGAUUGGACUAAGGAACAACAUCGUAGCUGUCCCCAGAGAAAAAGCAGGUGAAGAUCUGUACUUAGUCCUUCUUUUGGGGAAUAUUUCUGCCAGAGCAGGAAAGGUGGGCAGGAGAGAAUUGAACAGUGGCUGUAAAGUGUUAGUACAUAUAAUGGCAGUGUUUCUCAAGAUGUGUGGACUUCAGUUCCCAGAAUUCCCCAGCCAGCUACGGGAGAAUUCUGGGAGUUGAAGUCUAUACAUGUUAAAGUUGCUGAGGUUGAGAAAUAUUGUCUUACGGUAAUCACUUUCUUCCAUGAUCCUUUCUGCUAUAAGGACUGGCAGAGCCUGGUUGAUAUUGGACUCUGCUUCUGAAAGAAGCUUAGAACAUCUCUUAAAAGCAACUUGUUUUCUGGAGAUGUCAGGAAUGGCAUAUAAAGUAGGGUGUGAGGCAGCAUCUGUAUCCUUAACAUAAAGGGAGAAUCUGCUGCUGUGGGUGGCAUUACUCUGAGAGGCUUACCUGGUUGAGAAAUGCUUGACCUGCAUUACACAGCAAGACCUCCAUCAGGUCCUUGUUGCUGUUUGAGUUGGAAAGAAGGGUCUUCAAGAGGCCUUGGGUGAUAUCUCAGCUUGCACAGGAGUGAGCGAGCCAGCAGCCAAAGUCCUCACUCACUCCAAAGUGUGACCUCUCAUUCUAAAUUCUUGAUCAGGACCAUGGAUAGUGAGUUUCCAGAACUCAGUCUGGAAAGGGCCUGCAGAGUUCUGAAAAGUUGGCAGUCCUGUCUGUUAAGAUGUAAGACUUCCAAUAUUUGCAAAAUGGUGUGCUAAAGAAUACCUUGCUGGCCAUGGUGGUGCACUGCUGUUGGAAAUAGGAGGAUCACAUUGCACAGUCAACCUCCCUGGACUUAGUUUGUGUGUUUGAGCAACAGCCAGUGUAUGUGUGGGUGUAUGUAUGUGUGUGCGUGCACCUGUGUGGCAUUCUAAGGUCUGACAGUAAUUUCAAAUGUUCAUGAUGAUAGAGAUUUGGGAAGGGGGAUUGGAAAAAUGGAGUAGCAAUGAAAUGAUAACCAAUAUGCUGUCACAUCCUCAUUUCUGGAUAACAAAAGCCUUUCUUACUUGAAAAAAAAAGUGUGUCCACAGUUGAAAACAGCAUUGAUGUGACUGUCUCAUGAAAUACAAGCUUUAUCAUCCUAGAAACCUACACCUGGUUUCACUGUUUUGUGAAAUGUUGCUUGAUUGUACCUCACUGAAAUCUGUUCCCAGCUAAUGAAGAUAGGAGAAUAAAAAGAUGCGUUAAAAGA